UCAGUUUCCCCCGCGGUCCGAGGAUGGAGACGGCGCCGUGGCCGCUGCUGCUCCUGGCGCUGGCGUCGCCGUGGGCGCCGCGCGUGCGCGGUGACGACGGCGACUUUGACCUCGCGGACGCCUUGGACCCCGAUCCAACUCCGAAGCCCAGCGGGGGUCUCUACCCGAAGCUCCCAGUGGACCCGCCGCCCUCGGACCCACACGGAGGAGAUGCUGUGCUGAGUCUUCCUGACUUGUGGGUGCUAUGCUGAGUCCCCCAGGUGCUGCACUGAGUUCUCCCUGAGUGCUGCGCUGAGUCGUCCCAGGGGCUUCACUGACUCCUUUGGGUGUUGCGCUGAGUUUUCCCCAGGUGCUGGUCUGAGUACUCUUCGGUGAUGGGUACUGUGGUGAGUCCUCCUCGAGUUCUAUGCUGAAUCCCGUUGCCCCGGGUGCUGCACUGAGUCCCCCUCCACAGACGUUCAGGCCCCGUCCACAGCCCAGUGUGCUAAGUACUUCGUGCUCAGUACUCCGUGCUCGGUGCUUGGUGCUCGGUGCUCAGUGCUUGGUGCUCAGUGCUUGGUGCUCGGUGCUCAGUGCCCCAUGUGCUCAGUACUUGGUGCUCGGUGCUCAGUGCCCCAUGUGCUCAGUGCUUGGUGCUCAGUGUCCCAGGUGCUCAGUUCUCAGUGCUUGGUACUCAGUGAACUCGGUGCUCAGUGCUUAGUGCUUCGUACUUAGUGCUUGGUGCUCAGUGCUCGGAGCCCAGUUCUUGGUGUGCUUGGUGCUCAGUGCUUGGUGCUCAGUGCUUGGUGUUCCGUGCUCAGUCCUUGAUUCUCGGUGAUCAGUGCCCCAGGUGCUCAGGACUCAGUGCUUGGUGCUCAGUACUAAAUGCUUGGUGCUUGGUGCUCAGUGUUUGGUGCUCGGUGCCCUAGUUGCUUGGUGCUCAGGGCUCAGUGCUUGGUACUCAGAGAUCAGUGCUUGGUGCCUAGUGCCCUAGGUGCUCAGUGCUUGGUGCUCAGUACACUGGGUGCUUGAUGCUAAGUCCUCUUUUCUUCCCUAUUCGACCUCAAAGCCCAGCGGGGGUGGUUGAUGUCAUCUGGCGCCCGGGAGGGUUAGGGUGCUGAAUGCUCAGUCUCCCUCGGGUGCUUUGCUGAGUUUUUUCUCCCCAUGGGUGCUGUGCUGAGUUCUCCUU